AUGCAAAAGGCAAAGGACCUGUUUAUGGAGGAGGUAAGAAGCGUGCAUGACUCUGAUAUUGUAAAGAGGUGGUACAGCUCAUAUCUGGAAGGAAAAGCCUGCUCGAAAAGUAGAUUCAAAGAUGUGCUGUCCAUCAUUAUGCCCAGCGUUGAGGACAUGGAGAUACUGGAAUCCACAGCUGUGCUCUUUGAGAUAUCGCAGGAGGUUGCCGACGGCAUGUCUCUGAAGGACGCCGAGCAUUCGUACGAGAACUCCAUGGAGAUAAUCUCGAUUUUCGCUCUGUACAGCUCCAUUUUCUCGAUUAUCCAAAGAUAUAUCAGAGAUAAGGACCUGGGAAGUAGGAUUGCCGACCUCUACAGCGAUGUCAGCAUGCGCUUGAAUGUGCCUGGAGACGGGACCUGGGGGGAUCUGGAGGGAAGAAGAAGGUUUUUUUUCGACUUCUAUCUUCCCGUCAAGAUAUAUUCUGCAUUUACAAGGAAGGACUGGGAGAUGAGAGGGAGAGAGGAAGAGUUUGCUAGAAUGUAUUCGAGCCGAAGGAGAGGCAGGGAUUGGGACGGGACACGUAUGGACCGAUUUUACGAGGAGAUGUCCUGUGGAGAUGGGAAGGUUUGUAAGGCACUGAGAUUUCUCUUUGAUGAAGCCUAUGGAGACGAUGAGCAGCGUAUGGCCGGAUGUUCAAAUUUCAGAUGA